CUGCCACCGAGCGGCCGCAGCCUCCUCAACCGGAACUACAGUAUCUUACUAUUUCAUAUUACGCGACUAUUCCGUCUUCUUCAACGAAUGUGUUCGUUGUGUAAGCUGCUGAACGUGUAGGAGGGUACCUUUCUCAUUUUUUUUCUUCGCGAGUGGGCAGCUGGCUUCGUGUCUUCCGACUCCUCCCGCCGUGUGGUGAAGUUGAGAUGGUGUGAGUGAGGAGCUCACGCACACUAACACAUACGCACAGUGGAGCCUCCCGAGGGCUGGAUGCCAAGAUGGGGAGAGCUGUGGAACGCCACCGUGAGAGCCUUUGAGGACAAGAACAGCCCCGGCCCGUCGAGCUUCACGCACUUUUUUUUUUACGAAAGAGGUUGCCCGCCGCCUUUUAAGUGACGACGAACGGUAUUCCUGCCCAGCGAUUCGCAGUCGGAGCCUCCACCCCGGGCAGGCUUCCUACUUGGAGCUCGCCCGCCCACCGCGGCGGCGCUCGGUUGCUGUCAUGUUGUAGUUCUUCUCCCCAAAAGUGUUGCGUUCUUGAUUUUUUUUUUUUCGGAGGGGGAGUCGGCGUGGAAGUGAAGUUCGGGCGAUGCUGUUAUGGCCGCCUCCGGUGCUCCAAAGUGUCUGAAGAGUGAGAAGUUGGACGAGGCGCAGAAUUUGGCCAAAAGCUGCGCGGGGAGACCAGACUUCCUCCCGUGUGACGGACUCUCCAUCUGCGCCACGCACAGCCACGGAAAGUGCUUCAAGCUGCAUUGGUGCUGCCACCUGGGAUGGUGUCACUGCAAAUACGUGUACCAACCCAUGACCAACGUGUGCCAGCUGCCCAGCACGGCGGUGCCCCCCGCGGCCACGGAGUACAGCAGCACCAUGGACCUGUCCGUCUCCCUGGCCGAGCGCUUCCUCAAGCUGGCGCCCUGCUUCCGCUCGCCUCCUCACCUGGAGUCUCCCAAGUACUGCGUCAUCGCCGACCUCUUCGUGGACGACUAUGUGGUCAAGCGCAUCAACGGGAAGAUGUGCUACGUGCAGCGCCCGCUACCGCCCGCGCUGCCCGAACCACCCCCACCACCCGCUCCCCCCAUCCCUCAGCCGCAAUCCGCUGCCAAGGCCGUGCCGGCGCCGGCCCAGCGCGUGCACAGUGAACAAAAAAAACACGCCUCCCCCUUGGACAAAGUCAAGGGUUCCAAAAUGGACCAUUGCUCGUCCCCAUCCAGCUCGGAGGACUCCGGCAUCAACGCGCUCGGCCUGCACUGUAUGGAAUCCUGCGAGGACGAGAGCGAGCGGGAGGACGACGAGCUGAGCACGGAUGGAAACUCCAGUCCCGGAAGCCUGUGGGAUCAGGACGAAAGCUCCUUGCUCUCUCCCUCCAAAUCGAUGAUUGAGAUCAUCGAAAAGAUCGAAACAACUGUCUGAAGUCGUCGUCGCGACGCAAGCGUCUGAGGAUUUACCUUCGAUGAGCCUGGACGAUCAAACCCCCGGGGGCUGUCUCGUUUGUUUUCCUCUUUCCACCUUCUGUUCACAAUCCCCGCAUGGAAUGAAUUUCUGCCACUUUCUACCAGAAAGGACACAAAGAUGAAGCACAAGAGUGCCAAGCACAAGCACAAGUGGACCGAACAGCACAUGAUGGAAAACGGGAAGGACAAAAGCAAGGUGAAAGUACAAAGGAGUGUUCGGGCCACACUGAAACGAUAAAACCACGCGAAUGUUAAAAGAAUCGAGUCAGA